AGUGAAAAGCGUGGGAAGAUAGAUAGAGAAUUGAAAGGGUGAUGGAGAUUCUGGGUUUCGGUGGUUCCAUCUUCAACCCCAUCCCCAUUUCUUCUAACCACCUCCCUUCCUCUGCUUCUCCUUCUGUUCUGCCAUCUCAUCUACUUACAAAACGAAGAGCAAUUAUCUUCACGACGGUGGUUUCGUUUCUUCAAUUAUCUCCAAAAUCACCGUUUCAAUCUGCAAUUGCCCAACAACUGGAUGAAACGCAGCAGGACGAAGAUCGUGUUGUUCGUCUCUUUGAGGAAACAUCACCAUCUGUGGUUUUCAUCAAAGAUCUUGAGAUCGUCAAUAACCCUAAAAGCUCUGAUGAGGUUGUGAUGGUAGAUGAUGAGAAAGCAAUAGUUGAAGGAACGGGUUCAGGCUUUAUUUGGGAUAAGUUCGGUCACAUUGUGACAAAUUAUCACGUUGUUGAAAAGUUGGCUACGGAUCAAAAUGGGCGACAACGUUGUAAGGUAUUCCUAGUCGACAAAACUGGCAACAGUUUAUCUAGAGAUGCGAAGAUUAUUGGUGUUGAUCCAUCGUAUGAUUUGGCUGUCCUAAAGGUUGAUGUUGAAGGGAUUGAAGUAAAGCCGGUAAGUAUAGGCAGCGCUCGUAGACUAAACGUGGGGCAGAGCUGUUAUGCUAUUGGGAAUCCUUAUGGAUAUGAGAACACAUUAACCACCGGGGUAGUCAGUGGGCUAGGAAGGGAGAUACCUUCACCAAAUGGAGGUGCCAUCAGAGGAGCCAUUCAAACGGAUGCAGCUAUUAAUUCAGGAAAUUCGGGUGGACCCUUGCUUGAUUCCCAUGGCCAAGUUAUUGGUGUUAAUACUGCAACUUUCACUCGAAAAGGGUCAGGGACGUCAUCUGGGGUUAACUUUGCGAUACCAAUCGAUACGGUCAUGCAGACCAUACCUUACUUGAUCGUUUAUGGGACUGCUUACCGGGAUAGGUUUUGAUGGUUGGUCUACUCGGUGGAACAAAGUUUACCUUAGCCGAUGUUUAUUGUAAACGGAAACUCUUUCAUAAUAUUCUCAUGUUGAUAUCGAUGUUUGUAUUGUAUCUAUCGUCAUUCUUUAUGAAUUUCUUCAACGGGUUGAUAUCAAUCUUUAAGAUGUUGA